AUGGCUCCUAAAAAACGACGACAACAAAAUAAUAAAGAAAAUACCGAUGAAAAUGAAAUAAAUCUAAAACUUAAUCCAUUGUCAAUACAAUCGAUUAUUGAUGAAAAUCUAAAACAAUUUGAAGUUGAUUUUAAAAAUGAAUAUCAACAAUAUGAAAAUAAAAUUCAAGAUAAAUUAGCACUUGUUCAUAAAGAAUUUGAUAAAUAUAUGCAAACACAUGAAGCACAAGGAAAAUUAGCUCGAUUACUUGAUCAAGAAAUUAUACGUAUCAAUCAACAACAACAAACAAAUAAUGCUAUGGAUGUACAAUGUCAAGAAUUACUUAAUAAGACAACUGAUUUAAUGAAUAUGUCAUCAUCAGAUUCAUCACGAACAAAAACAUAUCUUAUUGGUGAACUACAAAUGUUACCAAUCGAUAAUGUUAACAAAUAA